AUGUCCACUGUCAUUAUGCCACCACAAAUAUCCAGCUGGGAUGAUCUCACUGAAGUAUGGGAGCAAUGCGAUGGUGAAACAGGGGAAAUCCAACAAACAUCUUUCGCGUUAUUUGACGGCAAUGAAAGCUUCUAUUACGGCACGCUUGAAACGCCCAAAGCCAAUAUUACCUUUGAGCAGGUCACCAACACCCUCAAGAGUGUUCCCGAUGAAGAACUAUACACUCGGUGGCUAGCUCCUAAUACCGAGUUGAUGCAAGCCCCAGCAACAAUUACCGAGGAUGUCUACGUCAAGCGACCAAACCCACAAAUGUAUAAAGUGAUGAAGGAGCACGAUGCAUUGUCCCAACUCUCUGCAUCCCUGCUAGCAGAGGCUGAGGUCCUAGAGUUGCUAUCUCAGCACCCGCACCCGAACAUAAUCCGCUAUUACGGAUGUCGGGUUCUCCGUGGGUACUUUAUCGGACUUGUCAUGGACAAACAUCCGCAUGAUCUGUACACUUAUCUCAAAAACCAAGUCGGGACAAUUGAGAAACAGUCAUUCAUCGUUGCCCUCGAGUCCUCACUCCAUCAUCUUCAUACACAUGGACUGGCCCACAACGAUCUGACUCCCUACAACAUUCUGGUGAGCAAAGAGGGCAUGCCUGUUUUGAUUGAUUUUGCUGGAUGUCAGCCGAUUGGAACCCAUUUGAAGCAUAUUAGAGGGACUAGGGGGUGGAUAGAUGGAGAAAUCAAAGACCACAAUACAUCGACAAAGGAACAUGAUGUUUCUGCCUUGUCCAAGAUAAGCGCGUGGUUGGACAAACCAGUGUUUGAUCGUUAA